AUGGAGGCGCUGCGCUUAUACAUCAAUAUGGAAAAACUGCGGUUCCUGGAUAAGUUCGAUUACCAGAUUGAGAUCGAUGAAGAGAUCGACCAGAAGUUUACCCAGAUACCACCAUUGCUCAUCCAACCUUAUGUUGAAAACGCUAUCUGGCAUGGACUGAUGCAAAAAGAAGAUGGUGGUAUGCUGAUUGUAUUGCUCAAACAACAAAGCGAAAAUGUGCUGGCGGUUACCAUUGAAGACAAUGGUAUCGGCCGUACCAACAGUUCCUUAUUAAAAAGCAAAACAGCACUUAACCAUAAGUCAUACGGAUUGCAGAUGACGAAGGACCGGAUCAGUAUUGUCAAUAAACUAUAUGGCAUACAAACCGCUGUUGAGAUUGAAGACCUGUAUGAUGCUCAGAAUAACCCCGCCGGUACGCGCGUAAUGCUGACCAUUCCUGUAUAA